GGAUAUGUACACGUGCAUCCCAGAAGUGCAGUAGGAUGCUCGAGUGUAACAGUAUCGGGUAGAAGCGAAAAUGCAGAUGUGUAUAGUGCGCUGAUAUCAACAUGCUCUAGUGUAUAGCCACCGUCACGUAUAUUCCACCGCGAUGGAAUUUCUCCGUCAGCGAACUGUCAGCUGUCGUCAGGCCGGUGUUCUACUCGUGUUAACAUCUUGCUUGCUCGCGCUGAUAACUGUCAACCAGCGUAUGUUCGGUACGACGUCGCAGCAGGAGUCGGCGAGCGGCGGCGCGCGUGAGAUCGUCGUCAAUCCCAUCUACGCGACGAGCGACGGCGAGAGACGGCGCUGCGCGGCGGGAAAGUCGCGCUUGCUGCCGCAGUGCGUCAUCGUCGGCUUUCCGAAGUGCGGCACGUUCGCUCUGCUCAAGAUGCUCGACCUUCAUCCGGACGUGAUGGCGCGCAUCGCGCACCCGUUCGAAGUGAACUUCUUCAACAGCCACUGGCGACGCGGUCUCGACUGGUACAGACGCAUGAUGCGCUGCUCGUCACCCGGCCAAGUGUCGCUCGAGAAAUCGCCGAGCUACGUUUACGACGGCGACGUGCCGGCACGGAUUAAGGCAAUGAAUGAUUCCGUGCGCCUGCUGAUUAUGGUCAAAGACCCGUUUGUUCGGACGGUGUCUAGUUAUCUGCAGGAUGUCAGCCGUGGUCGCUCGACUAAGACCUUCGAGGAAACGGUGGCGGGGAACAAUAGCGGCGGAGUGAACCCGGACUCGUUGAACGUGCGGCAGAGUCUGUACUAUAACUACUUGCUGCCGUGGUACGCGACGUUCCGUAGCGAGCAGAUACAUAUAGUCGAUGGCGACAGACUCGUGACGGACCCCGUGUCCGAGGUGCGGCAGAUAGAGACCUUUUUAAGGCUCGCGCAUAAGAUAACCGAGGACUCGUUGGUCUACAACGAAGCGAAGGGGUUUUAUUGCAUGAAGAAAGGUUCUGCGAAUCAGACGAAGCACGUGUGCAUGGGCGAGGGCAAGGGUAGACCGCAUCCCGACGUCGAUUUCGUAAUCGAGAAAAAUUUGAAAACGCUCUUUUGGCCGUAUAAUGAAAAACUCUACAAACUAGUUGGCCGUCGCUUUAAUUGGUAGAAUUGAAACUGUAACUGUUUUCGCGUUGUGCCGAACAUGCACCGACGAGCAUGCGAGAGCCCAGUACAUUGAAGAAUGCGUUCCCGGACUUCAUUACGAAUACUAAUUAAUUUAUUGACAUAAUUAGGUUUCUCACAUGCGCAUGGUGAUCGUUGAUUACGGCAACGUGAAAAAGUCUGCAAGUAAUUAAAACAUAUCUAGUUACAACUUAUGUAACUUUUACUAAUGAAUUAAAUUCCCAAUUUUAAGGUAGCCGCAGCGGUAAUGGGGCGGCCGUUUGAGAAACGUCGGGAAAUGCAGGACGUAUUUAGUUGGCGAUGUCUUCGUCGCAUAUUCGUCUUUUUCUUUUACGGUCGCCUAAACAGCAACGCAUUCGUUACCGCCGUCACUCGGACCAAGACCCAAAUCUCUACUCGGGCAGGCUGAGGCUGAUCACGGUGCUUAUGGGAUAAACAUGAAUUGUAUAGAUAGACCUAGAUAGCCCAGCUAGUACAUGAUUUAUAUGGUAAUAGGUAAGACCCAACCCAGCAAGCCAAUCACGCGCAUUUAUGUUUAAAGGUUCCAUGAUAGCUUGUAAUCGUAGAGUUUAUAUCGUUAUUAAACGCUUAGUGUACUCCGCUA